UUCAAGAGCCCAAAACUGUACCUCCAGCCUUAACGUUCUUUUUAGAGCUCCAGGCUGGCAUAUAACUAGUACCUGCCACAUAAUGUGUGCUCAGAAUAACAGGCCUCAUUUUUUAUAAUCUUCAUAGUGACUGCAGAGUAUUUUAUAAUAUGGACAUAUCAUAUUUAUUUAACCAGCACCUUGUUGAUGGGCUUUUCAAGAAUAUUACUUUGGCUGCCCAAAUAAACUGAAAAUUCUAUGAGAAGAAUCGUAAAGGAGCUUCCUUGAGCAUUGGCUGUCAGAGCAGGGCACAAGGGCAGCUGAAGGAAAGGGCAGCAGGUGUAUGGCUCAGAGAAGAGAUUUAAGCAGCAAGCCCAUUGGCUGGAGCCUUGGAAUGCCCACUGUGAUGUCAUAUGGAGUCAUGAGGUAUAAAACUGGCUGAGAGGGGCAUGGGGUUGAGUAAUGGCUCUGGUUUGGAGGCUAACCAUCCCACUGCCACAAUAUGUCAGCCUUCUACUAUUAUUUGGUUUCCUUGUCUGGAGGCUUUGGGUUAGGUUUUCUGGGAAACACAGUAGGAAACAGGUGGCAGCCAAGACGCACUCAGAGACUUCAAAGCAGCAUAAAUUGAAAAAGAUCCAGAAAUUCACAGAUCCACAGUGGGAAGAAAAUCUCAGGAUGGGUUGCGUUGAAGCUAACCUAACAUGCUUUUCAGAUCUCCCUACGGGCUGGUCCCAGGAAUGCGUAUGCUGGUCAACGGACAGGAGUCUUCAACAGGUCGUCCAACACCUGGAAAGUGCAAGAUCAAGUCUUAUGGAAUUGGGUUUGCCUGAACCACAGGAUACGAUUUCUUCUUCCACCUCCUCUGCUUCUGUGGCUCAGGGGCCUGUUCUACCCUGUUGUGACUGUAAGAAGGCAAAACAUUCUUCUGACAGUAGCAUCUCCUCUGGAUCAUCCUACAGCUCCAGCCUGUCUCACCUUCCUGUCUUUUCUGAAGGAACAACUUGGCGACUCCGGAGCCACAGUUUACCUAUUUUACCCCCAAAUCAACCUCCUGUGUUCAGGAACCAAGGCACACCCCUGCCUUCCUUUGGGCUCUCAGAGCUUUUCCGGAAAUCAAAGCCUUUUCAGAAUUUGGCAGCUCUUUCAUCCUUAAGUCCUCAAAGCACUUUUAUCAACUCUCUUUUUGAAUCCCCAAAUCUCUACAAACAAGAAGAGAAAACAAAGGAUGAGAGAAGGAGCAAGAGUCAUUUGACAACAGAUCAUAGGCCAAGUGCUAUUUUCAAAGAGAGACCACUAUUGUCAGGGUCAGCUCCAAUCCAGCUCUCUCCUUUGGCUAGGCGGGAGUUAGAGGGACAUAUGGCUUGGAAGGUUUCUACUUUGCGGGAACAAACAGUGCCUCUGCCUGUGAGGGAAUCAUGGGCAAUGCUGAAUUAUUUAACUGAGGUACAAGGAGGAGUUCCUGAACCACAGAAACCCCAAAUCCACUUAUCUAUGCCCAUUCAUCAAAGCACUGAGCAGGAUAUCAAUAAUGAAUCCCCAGACCUUCCAGCAUUUCAGCUCCACGUGAACGUUGGAGCGGAAUCUGGAUUAAGCAGAACAGAAACAAAAAUUUCACAGACUCUUAUCCCAGGUAAGCAGUCACAACCUGGGGAUGGCCCCCAAAUCCUUGGAUCCAGGCCCUUAAUGACAUCAAUGGGCACUCCACCUCCCAAAAGUUUAGGAGUUGACAUAGCUCAAGAGGAAACAACUUUACUGCAGAAGGACCCAAAACGUGUGUUAGAGCUUAGUGUAGAGCAGAGGGUCAUAGAUCUUCCAGAAAAAAGGAUACAGCAGCAUGAGACCCAAGUGACUAAUGUGGAGCUGACCCCACAGCUACCAUAUCAAGUCAGAGAUAGCAUAAAGGUUACUCCACUGGCAUUACUUCAAGUCAUGGAUUCAAUGGGGUUAAUUCCAGAAUCACAUUCAGAAGUGAUAGAAUCUGUAGGUUUGUUACCACGGCCACCAAAUGAAGUCGUGAAACCAAUGGAAGCCACGGAAAGAGUGAGUGUAAGCCCAAACCCAUCAUAUCAAGUCAUUAAAUCAGUGGAGGUAACACCAAGAUCUCAGCAGCAAGUUAUGGAAUCAAGGAAGAUGACCUCAAGACAGCAGAAUCAAGUCAUAGUCAAUGUGAAGGUAACUCCUAUAGCAUUGCUUCAAGUCAUGGAUUCUAUGGGGAUGAUUAAAAAAUCACAUCCACCUAUCAUACAGUCAAAGGGAAUGACCCCAAGGAUGCAAUAUCAAGUCAAGGAGUCAGUGAAAAGGACCACAUUGUUGGACCAUGAAGUCAUACAACCAGGAAAGAUGAGUCCAAGGCUACAACAUGCAGUCAUGGAAACUGUGGAAAUGACCCCAGGGCCACAGCAUAAAGUUAUGGAAUCGGUGGACGUAACAUCAAGGCCACAAAGUCAAGUCAUAGAACCACUGAAGAUUACUCCAAGGCCAAUAUGUCAAAAUACAAAAUCACCUGAAAUGAUCACCAGGCCAUUGCAUCCAGUGAUGGAUUACCUUGAAGUAACUCCAGUGACACUAUUACAAGCUAUGGAUUUCAUGGGGAUAAUUCCACCAACCCAGUCACAUGUUAUAGAAUCUGGGGGUUUGACUCCAGACACACAGUCUCAAAUUGCAAAUUUGACCCCAAGGGCAACUCAAUCAGAUGGUUUGACUUCUUCUAGCUCUCCUACUACUAUUGGUCCAUGUGGAGUGGUAGAAUCUGUGGGCUUACCUCCAAAGCUACCACUUAAAAUCAUGGAAUUGGUAGGAUUGAUUCCAAUGCCGUCACAACAAUCCAUACAUUCUCUAAAGGUAACUCCAACAGCACUGGGGUCACCCAUGGGAAUGAUCAUAGCACCACAGUCACAAGUUGUAGAAACUCAGGAUUUGACCCCAAGGCUAAUAUCUCAAGCCAAGGAAUCUCUGGAGUCAACUCCUGAAUCAUGCAUUCAAGUGCUAGACUCUGAGGGGAUGACUCCACAACCACAUCAUCAAAGCACAGAAUCUAUAUCAUUAACCCCAGGACCACCUCAUCAAGUCAUGGAGUCUUCAAGGUUGACUCCAAGGCAUCAAAUUCUGGAGUAUUCAGAGAUGAGUCCAAGGCAAAGCCAUCACAUCACAGAAACUAUGGGUUUGACAUCUGACACCUGGCUACAAAUGGAGAAAUCUGUAGAGGUGACACAGUCACACCAUCAAAUGAUGGAAUCUUUAGGGACAAUCCCAAGGUCACUGGGUCAAGGUACAGAAUCUAUGGGAAUGAGCCAAAAGCCACUGCCUCAAGUCACAGAAUCUACAGAAAUGCUACAAGAAAUGCUACAAGAUUCAUCACUGCUUCAAGAUGUGAAGUAUAUGGGGAUGAAGCCAAUGCCACAAUUUAAUGUUAUGGAUUCUAUGAAGUUAUCCCCAGGAUUGCAAAAUUUGAAAUCUGGGAAACUGAUCUUGGGACCAGAGUUGCAAAAUGCAAAAUCUAUAGACAUAACCACAGGUUCAAUUCCACAAAUGGUAAAAUAUGGACAGCUGAUCCCAACUGUGAGCUCUAUAGAAUUGGCCUCAGAACUACAACUGCAGAGUAUAAAACCUGAUGAGUUGGCCUCCACACCACAGCUGCAAAGUGAGAAAUCUGUGCAGUCAGCCCCAGGGUCUCAGCUUCAUGGUGUGAAAUCUAUCCAAUUGACCCUGGGACCACAACAACAAAAUGAAAAAUCUGCUGAGUUAGUCCCAGCACCACAGUUGCAAAGUAGGGAAUCUAUAGACUUGGUCCCCAGUUCACAGUUGCAAGGUAUGGAAUAUGUUCAUUUGGCCCUACCAUCAGAGUUUCCAGGUAUAAAUACUGUGGAAUUGACUCUAAGACCAGUACAAGAAGAUAUGAAAUCUGUGGAGUUUGCCCCAAAGCCAUGGUUACAAGAUAUAAGAUCUGAGGAGACAGCUCCAGUAUCAUUGCUUGAAGAUGUGAAAACUCCUCAAAUGGUAGAAAGUAGGAGGUUGAUUCCUGAGACACAGGUAGAAGAUAUGAAAUAUGAGGAACUGAUCCCAGGGGCACACAUUCAAGCAGUAAAAUCUGUAGAAUUGAACCUCAAACCGAAUCAUCAAGUCACAGAACCUAAAGGAUUGACCCCAUGGCAUCAAGCUUCAGAAUCUUUAAGGAUGAUCUCAGAGCCAGGAUAUCCAGAAACAGAAGCAAAGUUUACCUCUGACACUUGUCACCAUGCAAAAGAAUCUAGGGGGUUGGUACAAUCAUCUUUAGGAAAUACUCCAGGGCCACUGAGCCAAGCUUUAGAAUUUAUGCAGAUGAACUCAAUGUCAUUCCAAGGUACUCUUGAGCCAAUGUUCCAAAGUGUAAAAGCCAUGGGAGAUACUCCAGUGUCACAGCACACAAUACAAGAAUCUUUAGAGUUGGUACCAGGAUCAGAGAUGCAAGGUAUGAAAUCAAAGAUGUUGACCCCAGAGUCCCAAGGUAUGAAGUUUGUUCAUCUGAAUCUAGGACCAUAUUCAGAAGUUAUGAACUAUGAGGAGUUGAUCUUGGAACCACAAUUUCAAAAUGUGAAAUCUGUUCCAUUGACCUCAGAACCACAGUCCAAAAGUAUAAAACCUGAGGAGUUGACUCUAGGGCCAUUAAUGCAUGAUAAUAAUUUUGUGGAUUUACACGUGCCACUGGAAGAAUCUAGUAGGUUAAUUCCUGAGACACAGUUACAGCAUGUUGAAUCAAGGAAAGUGACCAUGGAACCACAUUUACAAGGAUUGAAAUCUGUGGGUCUAACUUCCAGACCAAGGCAUCAAGACACAGAGCCUGCAGAGUUAGCUGCUGAGAUCUUCCCACAAGAAGAAGAAUCUGUGAAACUGAUCCCACAGCUAGUCUUGAAAACUGCUGGGGUGGUGCCUAGGCCACAUUUUCAAAAAUUUUCAGAGAUGACUCUAGGUCAAGGCUAUCAAGAUACAGAAACUGUGAGGCUGACUUCUGAGGCUUUGCCCCAAGUAGCAUUAACACAAAAACCAAUAGGUCAAGUUAGAGAAUCUACAGGAAUGACUCCCCUAAGGCCACAUCUUCAAGUUACAGAGUCAUCAGGGAUACCCCUAAGGUCAGAAUAUGAAAACACAGAAACUGUGGGGUUGGCAACAUUUCCAGUUGAAAACAUCCAGGAGGUAAUACUAGUACUACCAUAUUCAGAAAAAGGAUCUCUGGAGUUGACUUUAGGACCAGGGAUGCAAUGUGAGAUAUCAGAGCCACUACUGCAAAAUUUGAAAUAUGUGAAGUUAACCUCUGAGUCAUCCCUAUUAGUGGUAGGAUCUAAACAGUUUAUUACAGGACCAAAACCACAUGUUAUGGAGUUGACCCCAGAGCCACAGCUCCAGGCAGUAAAGUCUAGGCAGUUGGAGCCAGAGCCAAAAUUACAAGAUGUGAAAUAUGUUAAUUUAAUUCAACAGUCAACUACUACCAGAGUGGUAGAAUCAGAGAAGCCAAUACAAGAGCCAGUGCUACAAAGCAUGAUAUCAGAGGAAUUGACUAAGGAGGCACAGCUCCAAGGGCCACAGCUGCAUAGUGUAAGAUUUUCAGAGUUAUCUCCAGAGCUGCCACUUCAAGGAGAAAGACCUAUAGAUUUAAUCUCAGGGUCUCCACAUCAUGGUGUGAAAUCUGAUGAUUUGACCCCAGGUUCCCCAGUGCAAGAAAUAAAAUUGUCAGAUUUUAUCCCAGGACCAAAACAUCAAAGUGUUGUAUCUGUACAGUUGACUGCAGAAUCACAACCUCAAAGUAUGAAAUUUAUGGAACUAAACUCAGGACCAUGCUUGCAAUGUAUCAGAUUUUCUGAUUUGACCCCAGAACCAAAGCAUCAAGGUUUCAAACAUGUGCAGUUUAUACCAGGAACACAGCUUCAAGACAUAAAGUCUGUAGGAUUUGUAACAGAGUCAUCUUUGCAGUCAAGUCAAGGGCUCCCAGCUGAAAAUAUGAAAUCUGUUCUGUCUACUGAAGGAUCACAGUUUCACAGCUUGAAAUCUGUCAAACUGACCUCAAAACUACAAUUUCAAGAUGUGAAAUCUGAGGAACUGAACCUAGGGCCAAGGCAGCAAGAUGUCAAAUUUUCUGAAUUGACUUCAGGGCCAAAGCUUCAAGGUGUCAAAUCUGAGGAGCAAACCCCAGGACCACUGUUUCAUAGUGUGACUUCUGUGGAGACGACUCUAGAGUUAGGGCUUCAAGAUUCUAAAUCAGCAAAGAUGUCUCCAGGGCUUCAAGGUGUGAAACAGGUGGAGCCACGGCUACAAGAUGUCAAAUUUUGUGAACUGACAUCAGGAACUCAAACUCAAGGUGUGAAAUCUUCAGAGUUAAACUCAGGGCAACAACAACAAUAUGUGAAUUUUUUUGAGUUCACUCCAGAGCCAAAGAUGCAAGGAGUAAAAUCUAUGAAGUUGACCCCAGGACCUGAGCAGCAAGGCGUUAAGCCUGAGAUGUUAGUACCAGAGCCACUGUCUCAAGGUGUAAAAUGUGUGGCAGUAGACCAAAUGUCAAGCUUUGAAGGUGACACUUCAUAUAAAUUAGUCUCAGAGCCACAGAUACCAGAUGCAAAAUCUAUGGAGUUGACUCCUAGACCGCAGUUGCCAAGUGAAAUCUAUUCUGAGUUGACCAGAAGACCAUGGUUACAAGUUGUGAAAUCUUCUGAAUUGAUCCAAAGACCACAGUUGCAAGAUGUAAAACCUGUAGAGUGGACCCCAAUCUCAAAGCUUCAAGGUUUACAGUCUGAGGCGCUAACGCCAGAGCCACAGCUGGAAGAUACGAAAUCUGUGGAGUUAACACCAGGGCCACAUUUGGGAAGUAUGAAAUCUAUGCAGUUAACAUCAAAGCCACAACUGGGAAAUGUCAAAUCUACAGUGUUGACCCUUGGGCCACAGGUGCGAGAUGUGAAACCGGUAGAGAUGACCCCAGGCUCAAAACUUCAUGAUUUGAAAACUGAGUUGUUAAUCUCAGAGUCAGAGUUGAAAGAUCUGAACUCUGUGGCCUUAACUCCAGGACAAUGUCCAAGAGGUAUGAAAUCUACGUUGCUAACCCCAAGUCCACAGCUGGAAGUUAAGAAAUCUGUGGAGAUAACAUCAGGGCCACAGAUAGAAGAUGUCAAAUUUUGUGAACUGACAUCAGGAACUCAAACUCAAGGUGUGAAAUCUUCAGAGUUAAACUCAGGGCAACAACAACAAUAUGUGAAUUUUUUUGAGUUCACUCCAGAGCCAAAGAUGCAAGGAGUAAAAUCUAUGAAGUUGACCCCAAAUCUUGAGUCACAAUCUCAAGGUGUCAAAUCUGUAAAGUUGAAAUCUUCAAUACAGUUAAGAGAUGUGAAGUCAUCUGAAUUGCCUCUGGGGCCAAAAAUUCAAGGUGCAACAUAUAUGAAUUUCAACCUUGGGCCACAGUUGCAGAGUGUGGAAACUCCUGAGUUAUCCCCAGGACCACAGCUGCAAGAAGGAAAAUUUUUGGCAUCAACCUCAGAGCCACAGCUUCAAGGUAGGAAAACUGUGGAGUUACACCAAAAGCCACAGCUUGAAAGUAUGAGAGCUGUUCAGUGGAUGCCUGCACUAGUGUUUCAAGGUGUGAAAUCUCUGCUAAAUCUUGGGUUGCAAUCUCAAUGUGUCAAACCAGCAGAGUUGAAACCUUUGAUACAAUUAAGAGAUAAGAAGCCAUCGGUAUUGACUCCAAGGCCAAAGCUCCAAGGUAUACAAUCUCUGGCAUCACUCCAAGAACCUCAGCCUCAAGGUCUCAAUUUGAAACCUUGUCUACAGUUUAGAAGUAAGAAAUCGUGUGACCUGACUUCCAAGUCAGAGCUCUGUGAUGUAAAACCCAUGAUGUUCAAAUCUAGGCCUCACUUGCAUGAUGGAAAAUCUCCUAAGUUGAUCCCAGGACCAUGGUUUCAAGAAGUGAAACCAUUACCGUCAUCCCCAGGAACACAGCUUCAAGGUGUGAAGUCUGUAUUGCUUACACAAGAGCCACAGUUUCCUGAGGUGAAGUCUGGGGUAUUAAACCAAGAGUCACAAUUACAAAGUGAUGAAACUAUAGAGUUGAACUCCCUACUACACUUGAAAAGUAUGCAGUCAUCUGAGUUGACUCUUCAGACAGAGCUUCAAGGUGUGAAAUCUGAGGAUUUCAACAGUGGGCCACAGUGGCAAGGCCCAAAAUCUUCUAAGUCACCACUUGAGACAAAGUCCCAAGAUAAGAAAUUUACUGAGUUAAUCUCUGACUCACAGUUGCAAGGUACAACAUUUUCUAAAUUGACUGUGGGGAAAAAGAUUCAAGGUGUCAAAUCUACAGAUUUCAACCCUGGGUCGCUGUUACAAGGUGUGAAAUAUUCUGGAUGGACCUCAAAGAUAAAGCUUCAAGAUGUAAAACAUAAAGAAUUCAGCCCCAGUCCUCAGUUGCAAGUUCUGAAAUCUUCUGAGCUGAUUCUGGGAUCAAAGCUUCAGAAUGUGAAAUUCGUGUUCAACUGUGAGCCACAAUUGCAAAGAGUGAAAUCUUCUAAAUUAAUCUCAGACUCAAAGUUUCAAGAUGUUGAAUCUGUGAAGUCCAAAUCUGGGCCACCAUUGCAAGGUGUGAAAUCUUCUGAGUUGAUACUGGGGACAAAGCUUCAAAAAGUGAAAUCAGUGGAAUUCAAGUCGGGUCCACAGUUGGAAGAUAUGAAAUCUUCCAAAUUAAUCACAGGUAUAAAGCUUCAAGAUGUAAAAUCUAUGAAUUUCAGGUCUGGACCAAACUUGCAGGGUAUGAAAUUGUCUGGAGUUAUCCCAAGGGAAAAGCUUCAAGGUGUGAAGUCUGUAGAACUGAAACCUAGUCCAAAGUUACAAGGUGAGAAAUCUUCUGAUUUGACUCUGGGGAGGAAGUUUCCAGGUGUGAAAUCUAUAGAGUUGGACUUAGGCCCACACUUACAAGAUAUGAAAUGUUCUGAGCUGAUCAUGGGUAUAAAGCUUCCAGAUGUAAAAUCUAAGCAGUUAAGUUCUAGACCACACUUUCAAGGUAUGAAAUCUUCUGAAGUGAUCCCAGGGACAAAGCUUCAGAAAGCGAAAUCAGUGUUCAACUCUGGACCACAGACACAAAGCAAAAAAUUUUCUGAGUUGAUUCAAGGGACAAAGCUUCAAGAUGUAAAAUCCUUAGAGUUUAACUGUGGACUGAAGUUACAAGGUGGGAAAUCUGAUUUAACACAGAGGAGGAAGCUUCAAGGUGUGAAAUCAGUGGAGUUCAAGUCAGGUCCACAGUUGGAAGAUAUGAAAUCUUCCAAAUUAAUCACAGGUAUAAAGCUUCAAGAUGUAAAAUCUAUGAAUUUCAGGUCUGGACCAAACUUGCAGGGUAUGAAAUUGUCUGGAGUUAUCCCAAGGGAAAAGCUUCAAGGUGUGAAGUCUGUAGAACUGAAACCUAGUCCAAAGUUACAAGGUGAGAAAUCUUCUGAUUUGACUCUGGGGAGGAAGUUUCCAGGUGUGAAAUCUAUAGAGUUGGACUUAGGCCCACACUUACAAGAUAUGAAAUGUUCUGAGCUGAUCAUGGGUAUAAAGCUUCCAGAUGUAAAAUCUAAGCAGUUAAGUUCUAGACCACACUUUCAAGGUAUGAAAUCUUCUGAAGUGAUCCCAGGGACAAAGUUUCAGAAAGCGAAAUCAGUGUUCAACUCUGGACCACAGACACAAAGCAAAAAAUUUUCUGAGUUGAUUCAAGGGACAAAGCUUCAAGAUGUAAAAUCCUUAGAGUUUAACUGUGGACUGAAGUUACAAGGUGGGAAAUCUGAUUUAACACAGAGGAGGAAGCUUCAAGGUGUGAAAUCAGUGGAGUUCAACCCUGGACCACAGAGACAGGGUGAGAAAUCUGAUUUGAUGCUACAGUGGAGGCUUCAAGAUUUGAAAUCUGUUGUUCCAUGGCUGCAAGGUGUGACAGCUUCAGAGUUAACACCAGAGACAAAGCUUCAAAGUGGAGAAUCUGUGGAGUUCAUCACCAGGCCAGUGUGGCAAGAUAUGAAACCUUUUGAAUUGACUCUUGGUACAAAGGUACAAGAUGUGAAAUCUUUGGGAUUUAAGUCAGCUCCACAGUUACAAGACAGGAAAUUGUCUAUGUUGACACCAGAGGCACACCUUCAAGGUGUGAAAUCUAUGGAAUUCAACCCUGAGGCAAAAUUGCAAGGUGCAAAAUCUUCUGAACAAAAAAAAAAAAAAAAAAAAUCUUCUGAACAUAUAAAGCUUCAACUAAUGAACUCUACUGAGGUCAACCCUGGUCUAGAAUUCAAGGUUGCAAAACCCUCUGAGUUGGCCUUGGAAUCAAAGAUUCAUAGUGGAAUAUUGUCUGAGAUCAGUGGUAGAAAGCAGUGGCAAGAUGAGAAAUCUUAUAAGUUGAAUCCAUGGCCAGAACUUCAAAGUGUAAAAGUCAUGGUGUUCAAUCCUGGGACACAUUCGCAACAUAUAAAAUCUUCAGAAUUAUGUAAAGGGACAAAGCUUCAAGAUGUGAAAUCUUUGGAAUUCAAUCCUGACCAACAGUUGCAAGAUGUGAACUCUUCUGAUUUUUGUCUGGGAACAAGGCUUCACGGUAUUCAAUAUUUUGAGUUCAAUCCUCAACCACAGUUGCAAGAGGUAAAACCUGAGUUGAGCACAGAAAUGAAGCUUCCAGAUGAGCAGUUUCUGGAAUUCAAGCAUAAGCCUAAAUUACAAGGUGGGAAAUGCUCUGAACAGAAUCCAGGGCCACAGCUUCAGUGUGUAAAUUAUAUGCCAGUCAACACUGGGUCACAGGUGCAAGGUAUAAAGUCCUCUGGGUUGAAUCCUAGUCCACAGCUUCAAGGUAGAAAAUCUAAGGUGCUCUGCAUUGGGCCUAAUUUGCAAGGUGUGAAUUCUUCUGCAUUCAUUUCAGAACCAAAACUUCAAUGUGUAAUUUCUACUGGAUGCAACCCUGGGCCACAUUUGCAAGGCACAAACACUUCUGAAUUAACUUCCAUUUCAAAACUUCAAGGUAUGAAUUCUUCUAAGUUAAAUUCUGAGAUCCCAGGAGUGGAUGUCAUAUCUAACGAAAGGAUUAAGAGGAAACAGGUGGAGGAGUCAGGGAGCUCACUCCGGAGCCUUUCCCACCAUCCACCACAAAACUGGAGAUCACUAUCUAGGAUCUUCCAGGCAGGAUCAGGGGCUCGAAGAGGCCUUACCUGGCCUGUCCUGGGCAGGCGACAGAAUGUCUGGGAAAGUCGCUCCUGGAGGCAGCGACUACCUCGAAAAUACCUCUCCAGUAUGCUAACGCUGGGCAAUGUCUUGGGGACCAGCAUGGAAAGGAAGCUUUAUUCUCAAACAUCUUUAACAGAAAGAGCCACUGCAGAUACCUGUCAAUCUAUUCAGAAUUUAUUUGGGGUUCCAGUUGAAUUGAUGGCAUUUUCCCAGAGUCUGCUUGAGAAGGGUCAAGGUACUAUUUCUCAGCCUUCAGUUGUCAAAAACUACAUUCAGAGACAUACUUCAUGCCAUGGUCAUGAGAAAAGAAUGGCCUUAAGGAUGUGGACACGUGUCUCCAUGUCCUCCAUAAUACAGCACUACUCUGGCACUAGAGUGAGAAUAAAGAAAACAAACUCAAAGCCCUGUGAUAUAUCCCAGGAAGUCACUCAGCACAUGCCUGUUUCAUGUACAGGGAGUCAGCUUUCUGCCCCAGCAAAGUCAGAGUCUUCCUUCAACGUAUUUUUUGCUAGGAGAGAUUCUGUUCCAGUGGAAGAGAGUAAGAACUCACAGAGUGAUUCACAGACAAGGAUUUUUGAGUCCCAACACUCCCUCAAGCCAAGUUAUCUUCCCCAGGCCAAGUCUGACUUCUCCGAACAGUUCCAGCUUCUACAAGAUCUGCAGCUAAAAAUAGCAGCAAAACUGUUAAGGAGUCAAAUACCCCCCAACGUACGUCCACCUUUAGCUUCAGGUCUGGUUCUAAAAUACCCUAUCUGCCUACAGUGUGGCCGAUGUUCAGGAUUUAAUUGCUGUCAUAAAUUACAGGCCACUUUUGGAACUUAUCUUCUUAUCUAUCCACAGCUUCACCUUGUAAGCACUCCUGAAGGCCGUGGAGAGAUCAGGUUGCGUCUUGGCUUUAGGUUGCAAACUAGGAAAAGACCCCAAGUCCCAGAGUUUCAUAGAAGAGGUAGACGCAUCACACCAAGGAGCCUUAGAUCAACAUCACUAAGGAAAGCUAAAGGCUAUACUCAAGCUUCCAAGAGUCCUACUUCUACAAUAGAUUUCCAGUCUGGGUCUUCCCAGUGUCCUGCUCCUAUACAAGUCCACAUCAGGCGAAGGCAAGGCGGCAGCCCUGGCCUAGUAGAAAAGACAGAAAUUAGAGAGGCUGGACACUAUGGAUUCACUGAAGUUCACUGUUUAUCAGAGAGUGACUCUGGAAGCAAUCAGGAUGAAAAGUGGGCUAAAGUGAGAACAAAAAGGACCCAUGAUUCAAAACAUCCAAUGAAAAGAAUCCCCAGGGAAGUCAGAACACAAAACACAAAGUUCUACACAAAUAGUACAGCCAUAAUACAGAGGUUCUCUAAGGAAUUACCAAGCCAGUUAAGAAGGAAGAGGAGUGGAGUGUCUCAGACAACUACCGCCUCUUCAAAAAGACAACCUAAGAAAUCUUCCCCACCACAAUUCAUUCAACUCCUUUUUCGGGGCCUAAAGCAGGCAUUCCAAACAGCACACAUGGCUUUGGUUUGUGUUUAGUUUCUUAGGACAGGGCCGAAAGUAAGCUCAUCACACGAGAUGAAUUGUGCCAAAGCACAGCAGUAGAGGGCUGCCGCUCUCUCAGGCAAAAGAGCGCCAUCUGUCCUGCUGUGGUAACUUUCAUUAAAGUAUUAUCUAGAUUUA